UGUGUGUUACUCGUUUCUAAAAGUCAGUUAAAACAUAAACGAAUAUGAAAUUAAAUUCAUCCACCGGUAUUCACCACAUUUCAUGAUAUCAUGUUGAAUCCGUGGUCGUAACAUCUUCAACCGCUGGGUGACCGAGUGACGUGGUGGUCGUACUAUCGCGCCACUUUAUUGUCCAAUCCCCGUCUCCCAUUGUAUAGUUCUGGCCGCACUUCAAUGGUGUAACGCGGUGUAAUAACGGUACACAGAAUGUACGACAUACGUAUGUAUAUUACAUAUAUACCGUCAGUCAGAGCGAGUGAGUCGUCUAGUCUUUGGCUUUCAUUAUCUUUGUCGCUUUGCUAGCUAGAAUAAUUUCAUUCAACAUUGACGUUUCUAUUUCUUUUCUAUUGGACUCAUCUACCUUCUAUCUUUUUAUCGGAUGGACCACGGCCGCUGUGAAAUCUUAAAAAACGUGUGGUCCAUUGUCUAACACGUGAACUUAUCGAUUUUGCCGGCUUCUCGUGACUAAUUAAUACGCACGUUUUAUCUUUGAACUAUAAAUAUGUGCACAAAAGUUAUUUUAUCUUCAUAACAUACUAUAUUGUUAUCCUUAGCUAACGUGUUAAAAGUGAAAACGACUAAGUUUUACGACUACCACCAUUUGAGGUAGAGUACAAACCCGUGCAAAAUGGCACCUAAUGUCACAGAUAUCAACGGAGUGUUGUUUGAGAGUGAUGCAACCACAGCAGACUUUGCUCUUGACACAAAACCUAUUCAGAAAGCAGACAACUAUCCAAAAAUUUAUGUAUGGAGGAACAUCAUCGCCUUUGCAUAUCUCCACUUAGCGGCAUUAUAUGGAGGAUACCUGUCCCUUUUUCAUGCAAAAUGGCAAACUGAUAUAUUUGCAUAUGCUUUAUAUGUCAUGUCUGGUCUUGGAAUCACAGCAGGAGCUCAUAGACUGUGGGCGCACAAGUCGUACAGAGCUAAAUGGCCACUACGACUCAUCCUUGUUGCAUUUAACACUUUGGCUUUCCAGGACUCUGCAAUUGAUUGGGCACGUGAUCACCGCAUGCAUCACAAAUAUUCAGAGACUGACGCCGACCCUCACAACGCCACACGUGGCUUCUUCUUUUCACACAUCGGCUGGCUUUUAGUUAGGAAACACCCUGAAUUGAAGAAGAAGGGCAAAGGACUAGACCUCAGUGACUUAUAUGCCGACCCCAUUCUUAGGUUCCAGAAGAAAUAUUACCUAAUUCUAAUGCCAAUCGUCUGCUUCGUCUUGCCGACUCUUGUUCCUGUAUACUUCUGGAAUGAAACAUGGACAAACGCUUUCUUUGUCGCAACCUUGUUCCGGUAUGCAUUCAUCCUAAAUGUUACCUGGCUUGUCAACUCGGCAGCCCACAAAUGGGGUGAUAAACCCUAUGACAAGAACAUCAAGCCUUCCCAAAAUAUCUCAGUCUCAUUAUUUGCACUCGGAGAGGGCUUCCACAAUUACCAUCAUACAUUCCCUUGGGAUUACAAAACUGCCGAACUUGGCAACAACAGGCUAAAUUUCACUACACACUUCAUUAACUUGUUUGCCAAAAUCGGUUGGGCGUAUGAUUUGAAAACUGUUUCUGAAGAGAUUAUUCAAACCCGAGUUAAACGCACCGGUGACGGCUCUCACCAUUUAUGGGGAUGGGGCGAUAAGGAUCACUCACCGGAUGAAAAAAAGGCCGCUAUAAGAAUUAACCCAAAGGAUGAUUAAAGUGUAUUACAUGUUACAUAAGUUAUAUAGACUUAAAUUUCUAAAACUACAAAACAUAUGCAGACCUACCUUUUCAUGAGUAAAAACUUAAAGCUACACA